UCUUGCCACAUUGGGGAGAUAUUAACAGCUACAUUUUUAAAAAGCCACGCCCAAACUUCGAUAUCAAGGUGGGAUCUUUUCAGCGGAUGUCAUGUGCUAAACCAGUGAGUCUACUUCCCCUCCCCUCAGCCCCGCCAAACUCACAGCAGGAAAGAAAAACUUAGAAGAUAGAGGGUGCAGAGUCUCGAAAAAGCUGAUGAGGUGAAGACAAUCUGUGGUUGACCAGUCAUCUGUUUGCUCUGACGUUGAGGGACCCUGCUGCAUUCCUUCCUUUCUUCCCUUCAUCAUAUUAGCAGGACUCUGGACUCGGUUUGGAUCUUAAGAUGCACCAUGUGCCCUAACUGUAGACGUCUUACUGCUGCCCCAUAGACAGCCGGUCCUCUUGUGAACCUUCUAGUCUGAGGACCCUUCUAACCCUCAAUAUUGCCAAGAUGAAGAAGGUAGUGGUAUGGUCUGCCGAGGAUGUUUCUAACUGGCUGAGCAAAGAGGGGAUGCAAGAUUACAUGGAUGCUCUCCGUCAGACAGACGGGCCUGCUCUACUUAGGCUCAGUAAAGCAGAUUUCCAGGAGCCUCCCCUCUCCUGGGUGUCGUCUGAUGGUGGACAGCAGCUGUUGGAGCGACUGGAGACUCUUCGGAUAGAGACCCACAUUGAGGCUCACAAAAAUGGUCAUGCAAAUGGACACAUCUCUGGGGUACCCAAUGGAACUAGUAAGCCUCAGAGGAAUGGCAUAUUGAUGAGAAAGGACUUCAAGGAGGAAAUGACCCAGAUUCAGAUGCCUCCGAUUGAAGCUACGCGCUCAUCGUUUCCUACAGAGUGGGGGAAGACAGGCAUAGCAUUUUUCUAUGCAGUAGUUUGCUUUGUCACCACCAGUAUUGUCAUAUCAGUGGUCCAUGAAAGAGUGCCGCCAAAGGAGCACACCCCCCCAUUGCCUGAUAAAUUCUUCGACCUAUUCGACAGGGUGGAGUGGGCCUUCUCAAUCUGUGAGAUUAAUGGCAUGUUGCUGGUGGGACUCUGGCUGAUACAGUGGCUUCUCCUCAAGCACAGGUCAAUAAUAGGCAGGAGAUUCUUUUUCAUUGUGGGAACCCUCUAUCUGUACCGGUGUAUUACCAUGUACAUCACUACCCUGCCUGUUCCUGGGAUGCACUUUCAGUGCGCUCCAAAGCUUCUUGGGAACUGGGAAGCACAGAUGAGGAGAAUAAUGAAAAUGAUUGCUGGUGGGGGUCUAUCUAUCACAGGGUCCCACACCAUGUGUGGAGACUAUCUGUAUAGUGGCCACACGGUCAUGCUAACACUCACAUACCUCUUCAUCAAAGAAUGUAAGUUCCACACUGUCUAUACAUUAGUCAAAGUAAGACUGAACCUAAAGUUUCAACUGUCAGAAUCAGGAAUUCCUCUCAUAUUUGCUUAUGUGUGCAGAUAGCUUUAACUGCCACAUUUGUCUUAUGUGGUUAUCAUGCUUCAAUUCUAGGACAGUUCACUGGCUCCUAACAUGUGGUGCGUAGAUACAAUAGUUUGGUUACAACAGAUACUUGUGGUUUUUGGUGCCAUGUGUAUAUAAGUGGUUCUGGUGUGGCUUUCUUUUGGGAACACAUCUUGAAAAUAUUACGAAAUAACGAUUCCAAAGUGGCGAGGAAGUAUUACCAAAAAAAAAAAAACCUGUUCCAGUAUAUGAAGGCAUUACAAUUAUGCAUAACUUUCAGCAAGCUGUCUUAUUUUAUCUGGUUUACACACUCAUUUAGUUCACCACUAAGUCGGCUUGUGGGUGACAGUUGAAGCAUAUUAACCCGUUUCUCAUUUUUUAUGGCGUUAAAAAAAAAAGUUUCAAUUCUAUGCUCCAUUGCACAACAGUUCUUAAUCUAGUUGGGCAAUAAACCUGAAACAGCACUGACAUCUAGUGGUAAAGAGGAGAAAAGCUCUGAGUAAUAUUCCUGCUCAAACGCCACAUUGUGCCACCACACAGAUGUUUCCACCAGAGGUGGGUAGAGUAGCCAACAAUUGUACUCAAGUAAAAGUACUGUUACUUCAGAAUAAUAUGACUCAAGUAGAAGUAAAAAGUAGUCAUC